AACAAUUUUCUUUGUCUCUCUCCAUUCUGAUCCAAGAUUUAAACCAGAUCUCAGAAACUAAUGUUUAUCAAAUGCUAAUGGGAACCACUGUGCAAACACCCAAUUCCUCCGUGAAAUCGUCUUCCCCCAUGGAAGACGACAGCUUCUACUUAACCCGUUGCCGGAGAGAUGCCAACUGCAAGUGCAAAACCUGUGUCGCCAGCAUCAAUGCGACCCUUGAUUUGAUGAGCGCCCAUAGAAGCACGCUCACUAAGCUCUCCUCUUCAAAACCAUCUCCUCCUCAAACCCCGCUUUUCAGCAAUCCUUCAACCCUCUCCACUCCUAUAUCCGAGACUUCUCGCCUCAUGGUAUCUACACCCCUCAGUCCAGCUAUCAGGAAAAGUUUCCGGCAGAAAAUGGACAGUAAAAAGACAAAACUUGUAUAUGUCUUAAAGAUGAUGAAAUGGGUUCUGAUUCUUUGCUUUAUUGUAAUGGGGAAACUAGGAUUUUCAUUUUUAACUUCUAGAGUCAUGAAAACCAAAUUGUCCCCAGAAAUAGUCAGAAACCUAAGUGAGAAAUCAUCUGGGCUUCAAGAUGUGAAAGAACGUUUAGGGUUUUUGAAUAAUGAACUACGAAGCUUUAUGGGAGAUGGUGUCUCAGAAGCUAGCUCUACAUAUCCCAAUUGGGAAAUAGUUCAGGAUGGUUUGAUCUUGAGAUCUCGUUGUCAACUCCACAAAUCCUGGAUGGAAGAAGUGAGCAUUUGGGGAUGGCCUUUGCAAACCUCAGGAUUGCUUACAACUGAAUUUGCUUCAAGAUCAUUCACUAUCUUGUCAGGAACAGUCACAGAGUGGUCAAAUGGGGAAUCUGGUCAUUUGAUUCGAAAAGCAAAUACUUCAUGGGAACAAGGAAAAUGGAGUACAUCAUUAUGGCGUUUAGAUCAAAACACAUGGAUCCUUGAGUAUAAACGAAGCUUUAUCUUUGAGAACACAAGACCAUUUUUAUCAGCAAUGGAGUUCUUCAAACUCAUGAUAAUGAAAGCAUCUCAAUGCAUGAAGCAAUUGUGUAUGUUUUCUUGUAGCAAUCACUUAGCUCCCACAUGACAGGAUUCAAGUAUGUUCGUUGAGAUAUCAUUCUUCAUUAGAAGUUAGAACUAACUGUGUUUGUUAGUUUUGUACAUGUGUCAACUAAUGUUUCUGAUGAUAUAUG